UGAUUAGUCACUUUUUGCUUCCCCUCGGAAUGUCCCCCGCAUGCCCGUUAGAUUAACAGCCAAUUCGUUGCCGCUGCCUACUUGCUUUUGCUUCAGCCCUGUCAUCAUUCCAGUUUUGAGGCUCGAUGGGAUCCUUGGCCCGCUAUUCUCUUCGAUCCUUGUUUCCUCUAAGGCCAUCCCUCCCAAUUCCAAGAUUCGCAUACCGUUCCAGGAUCGCCAUGGCUAGCGUAUCAACAGCUUCCAAUGGGAGCAGACCCAGCACGUGGCAGGGUGCCGGUGCAGCUGAGUUUGACCUGAGAAGUGAUACAAUGACCAAGCCAACUCCGGCAAUGCUGGAGGCUAUCUGCCAGACCACACUUCUUGACGAUGUCUUCGGUGAAGAUCCAGUGACAAAUGAUCUUGAAGCUUAUGUGGCAGAGCGCACUCGACAUGAGAGCGCUCUCUUGGUCAUGUCCGGUACAAUGGGCAACCAGGUUGCCAUCCGCACUCACCUAAAGGAGCCUCCGUAUUCUGUCCUUUGCGAUCACCGGUCCCAUAUCAUCUGCUACGAGGCUGGUGGAGUAAGCUCCCUUACGGGCGCCACGGUCAUGCCCAUUAUCCCGAAGAAUGGUGUCCACCUUACUCUGGAGGAUAUCAAGAAACAUGCGGUACUCAGUGAUAACAUCCACUACUGUCCUACGAAGCUCAUCAGUCUUGAGAACACGUUGGAUGGACUGGUUAUGCCACUUUCUGAGGCUCGGCGCAUCACUGAAUGGGCUCAUCAAAAUAACAUCAAGGUCCAUCUGGAUGGUGCGAGACUUUGGGAAGCAGUGGUGUCCGGUGCCGGUAGUUUGCCUGACUACACUACUUUGUUCGACAGCGUAAGCCUAUGUUUCUCGAAGGGCCUAGGUGCUCCCAUUGGAAGUAUUAUUGUUGGCUCGAGCGAGUUUAUCAAGAAAGCUCGAUGGUUUCGCAAGUCCAUCGGUGGUGGUGUCCGUCAAGCUGGAGUCAUCUCUGCGGCGGCCCGUGUCGCAGUUGAGGAGACAUUUGGACCCGACCCCAACGGACAGCAAGGGAAGCUUCUAGGGUCUCACCAAAGAGCAAAGAAGGUUGCCGAUAUGUGGACUAGCCGUGGAGGCAAGCUAUCCCACCCCGUAGAGACCAACAUGGUGUGGUUGGACGUUGAGGGGUCGGGAUUGGGGCCUGAUGAUCUGGCCGAGAUUGGACGUGAAAAGGGUUUGAAGCUUGGGGGUAGUCGCAUCGUCGUCCACUACCAGGUAUCCGAGGAGUCCCUCUCUCGACUCGAGCAGGUGUUUGAGGCAGCUUUGAGCAAGAAAGUUUAAGCGUAGUACUGACUGAAGUGAAUUACAAGGAAGUCGUUGGAUAAUCGCACUAGUGGGUAUAGGAUAGAACGAUCUGAAUCGCUAGGAAGUAAAUCGAUCUGAAGUCGAGUGUCACGCGUUGGAUCCACG